AUGAAAUCAGCUUUUAAAUCCGAUUAUCCUUUUGAGAAAAGAAAAGAAGAAUCUGAAAGAAUACGCCGUAAUUUUAAGAACCGUAUUGCUGUUAUUUGCGAAAAAGCUGACAAAUCAGAUAUUCCAGAUAUUGAUAAACGUAAAUAUUUGGUUCCUAAUGAUCUAACUGUAGGUCAGUUUGUCUAUGUUAUUAGAAAGAGAAUUAGGUUGCCACCUGAAAAAGCUAUUUUUAUAUUUGUUAAUGAUACUUUGCCGCCUACUGCUGCUUUAAUGCAUGCUAUUUAUGAGGAACAUAAAGAUAAAGAUGGAUUUUUGUAUGUUCAAUACUCAGGUGAAAAUACAUUUGGUUUGUAA